AUGGCGGGUACGCUGACAAGGACAGGCGGAAGCCUGCCGGACACGCUGUCGCACAAGUCCGUCGUCGAGAAGCAGCGGGCCGCGAUCGAGAAGCUGCGUGCCCAGAAUGCGCGGCUGAAGGAGGAGCUGCUGCUGGAGAACAAGUUCAGCGUGCGGCCGUCCAACCCCUCGGCCACGAUAUGGAUCAACAAGCUGCAGGACGAGGCGGACCUGUACACACGCAAGAUCCAGCUGCAGAAGCGGCGCGUCCUGAUGCUGCAGCAGCAGCAGGAGGGCGCGAAGGGCACGCUGGGCACGGCGCGGCUCACGAUGGGCGGCGUGAACAGCGCGCGCGAGAAGUCGGUGGGGCUGCAGAAGCAGAUUACUAUCCUGGAGAACAGGCUGGAGAAGCAGUACAUCAAGUACAAUGAGGCAGCCACGGGGGGCAGCAUGUUCAUUAGCAGUGCGAUGCGCGAGAGGUGCGGGCGUGCAACCGGCACGGUGGGGUGGACCGUUGUGUGCAGGCCAGUGGCUUGA